ACAAACAGACAACAAAAGAAAAACAAAAUUCAAAGAAGAAGACGUAGAUCUUCUUACAUUUCUAAAAAUGGAGGUCAUUCUGAAAUCACCUACUUCUGGUUCUCUUCUUAAGGAUAAAGUUAUUGGCUCUGCUCAAAUUCAUGAAGCUACUAAGGUUGAGGAAGAUCAUCAAGAACUUGAAUCUGCCAAGGUUGAGAUGAGCGAGGUGAAGGAAGAGAACGAAAAGCUUAAAGGGAUGCUCGAACGAAUUGAAAGUGAUUACAAAUCUCUCAAGCUCAGAUUCUUCGAUAUAAUUCAACAAGAACCUUCAAACAACCAAACUCAAGAUCAAAACAUGGUUGAUCUUCCUACGGCGACAACAGAUUUGAGUUCUUUAGAUCAAGAACGCGAGCUUGUAUCGCUUUCACUAGGAAGAAGAAGUUCUUCCCCGAAUGAUAACACCUCGAGAAAGGAAGAGAAAACAGACGCAAUUAGCAAAGAAGUCAACGCUGACGAGGAGUUGACCAAAGCUGGCUUGACCUUAGGAUUCAAUAACGGCAGUGGCCGUGAACCGGACGGGGGUUUAUCUGUCCCGAAUCAGGCAAAUUCUAGCGUGGAAAAUAGCUCGGAGGACGUUCCGGGAGAAACUUGGCCGCCGAGUAAAGUUACCGGGAAGAGAAGCUCUCCGGAACCGGCCUCCGGUGGCGAUGUCGAUGGAGACGCCGGCCAGCAAAAUCCUGUGAAGAGAGCCAGAGUUUGUGUUAGAGCGAGAUGUGACACACCAACGAUGAAUGACGGUUGUCAAUGGAGAAAAUAUGGUCAAAAGAUAGCGAAAGGAAAUCCUUGUCCACGAGCAUACUAUCGCUGCACGGUUGCACCUGGAUGUCCCGUUAGAAAACAGGUCCAAAGAUGUGCAGAAGACAUGUCCAUAUUAAUCACAACCUAUGAAGGGACGCACAGCCAUCCUCUUCCGCUCUCAGCUACCACAAUGGCCUCUACUACUUCAGCUGCCGCCUCUAUGCUCCUCUCCGGCUCCUCCUCCUCCUCAUCCGCCGCAGAAAUUAUGGGAAACAACCUCUACGACAAUUCAAGAUUCAUCAAUAACAACAACAGCAAAUCCUUCUAUUCACCCACCCUUCAUUCUCCAUUACAUCCCACCGUCACUCUAGACCUCACUGCACCACAACAUUCUUCGUCUUCAUUGCCUUCUUUAAAUUUCAACAAAUUUCCUAACUCUUUCCAAAGAUUCCCAUCCGCAAGUUUGAAUUUCUCUUCUAAUUCAUCAUCAUUAAAUUCUUCUAUUCUCAACCUACCUGCGACUUGGGGUAAUGGGUAUUCUUCUUAUACUCCAUACCCUUAUAACAACGUCCAGUUUGGUACGUCCAACCAAGUAAAAACAGUCCAAAAUAACCAGUCCUUAACCGAAACCCUAACCAAAGCGCUUACUUCUGACCCAAGUUUCCAAUCGGUGAUCGCAGCUGCGAUAUCAUCCAUGGUUGGAUCCAACGGAGAGCAACAGAUCGUCGGUCCACGGCAUCCCAUUAGCGACAAUGUUCUAAGAACAGCGGCAAUGGAUAAUAACAAAGGACGUGGAGGCUAUUUUAGUAGCUUGUUGAUGUCUAACACAAUAGCAAAUAAUCAAACGGGUGCGUCUUUGGAUCAAACAUCGUCGCAACCUCCUCCGCUAUCUAUGUUCAACAACUCGUCUUCUUCGCCUUCUACGACUAGUUUCGUGAACAAGGAAGAGAAAAGCUAGUAAUUGUAUCAAAAGACCCCAUCGUUUAUUUCUUGGGAUGAUUAUUUUCAUUAGGUGUUAUAGUAUUGUAUCAAGUGUUUCUUCUUGUUUUUGUGAGUUAGGACGCUUUCGCACGGAUUUCAAAUAGGGUUGUAAAGCAAACUAAAUGUGUACAAGACCUUUCUGAUUAAGAUUAAGGAGACUCAACCUUACUAGGCCUAAAAGAAUGGGCCAAAUAUCUUUGACAUCGAAAUAAAACGUCCGACUGAUUAUGUA